CCUCCCUCUUCUCUACUCUGACCAUAGUACCGAACCAUCUCGCCUACACCACAAUAUCACAAGCGGACCACAGAAGCUAGAGCAUUCAGAACCUCCUCUCCUACCAGUACUCCACCAGUACCAGUACAGUCAAAGUUUGCCAAAAUGCCCUUCCACGCCACCGUCCUCUACCCCAACGAAGACGACACCAAAUUCGACAUGUCCUACUACCUGCAAACACACAUGCCCCUGGUCAUGGAACGCUUCGCCAAGUACGGCCUCAAGGGCUACCAAGUGUGCGACUACAAGCCCGGCGCCGACGGCGCGAAGCCGCAAUUCUGCACCGGAUGCACCCUGAUCUGGGACAAGCCCGAAGACAUGCAGGGCGCCAUGUCAUCCGGAGACGAUGCGGGCGCCGUGUUUAGCGACAUCCCGAAUUUCUGCAACAAGCAGCCUGUGCUUAUGGCUGGACCGGUCGUUGAUUCAAAGUAAAUAAGAGCCACGAAAGCAUGCCAAAUUUCACUCGUUGAUUCAAAGUACACGAGCUGGCUGCGAGCUAUGAAAUGAAGUAAACGGAGGAGAUCGAGCUAUGCGUCUGCAUGGACCCGUCGUUGAUUCAAAGGUAAAAAGAACAGAGCCAUGAAAUGAAGCAAACGGAAGAGACCGAGCUGUGCACGCCAGCAACAUAUCUACUAUGCUUAAUGCAAUUAAUGCAAGGGUAUCCGAGUAUGUCUUUCAAUCCGACAGGUGUCAAUAUACAAUACCUACUUGUCGGUAUCUAUGAUCUGUGGAUGUGACCUCCUCAGUCGACCUUGCCCAGUCCUCACACAUCUCAGACUUGUCCAAGUAUGAAAAUACACACAGUCACAGGCAAGGUGAUCUGCAAUUACAAAUUUGCGGUAUCGGAUUACGUUUUUGAUCUGACAUAUCCAAUAACCAUUGUAUAUCGAAAACCUCCUCAGAU